CCCUCACACCAAACGCCCACGUAGCAACAUUGAGCUUCUGCUGUCGAUACUCUGCCCAACAAUCUCGAUUGUGCGAUCACGGCCUAGAAGAUUCUGGGACAUCAGACUUCGGUGAACAAAGCAACCACAAUGAAUCAAAUGCCCGGUCAAGGCCAGCCCGGCCAAGGGCCGGCGCAGCCAAAUACUCAACCUCCCGGUGUCGCUCCCAGACAACCGCAACUCUUGCGGCCCGAGCACAUGCGAAAUAUCGCCUUCUUAACUCCUGAGGAAAAAACUAGCUACGAAAAAGGAUUGGCCACAUUCUGGAAGACUUUCGAGGAAUCACCCGAAGGAUCGUCAGAGAAGCUCGGGGCUAGGCGUAGCAUCGAACAGUUUAGCAAGAUGCUGCAAGACAAAUUGAAUCAGAAGAAGCAGGAACAGCAGCGCUACCUGCAGCAAAUGCAGCAGUUGCGACAGCAACAACAGCAGCAGCAGAAUCAACAGGCACAGCCCCAAGGACAACCCCAGGGACAACCUCAGGGACAACCUCAAGGACAACCUCAAGGACAGACGCAACAGCAACCACCACAACAACAGCAACAACAGCCUGGCCAACAACAACAGCCCGUCCAAGUACAGCAACAGCAGCUCCAACAGCAACAACCACUCCAUCACCAAAUCCAGGCCAAACAACCAGUCCAGCAGCUACAACCGCAACAACCGCCACAAAUGCAGCAGCAACAGGGCCAGCAGCAACUACCACAACAAGGUGGACAGACUCCCCAGCUCGGCAAUGUUCAGCAAUCGCCGACACCGUCGCAGAUCGCCUCUGGCAUUCCCCAGAACACCGCAGGCGUUGUCCGUCCAGGACAGCCUGCUACAGCAGCGGGACAGCCAAACAAGCCUGCCAUUCCCCAGGUUGUCCUUAACCACGUCAAUGCACUGCAGUUCAAUAUACCUCCAAACAUACCCGCCCAGGAACACAAGAAAUGGGAAUCUGAGACCAGGACCAAGUACACGAGGGCGUUCCUGACCCUCAACAGCAGCAACACGACGCUGGUAAACCUUCUGAACCUUAUGGAGGAACGGAGGAACAACCAGAAGCCUUUUACUCCUGAGGAGCAACAAAAUUUGAUGAACCGCAAAGCGAUAGCGGAGAAGUCGUUCAAUGACGCCAAGAACUAUUGCAACGGACUUCGUCAGACAAUAGUGAAGCCUCCUCAUAACACCCCGCUGACGGUUUCAAUGCCGGGGUCUGGGAACAAGGCCGUCCCGAUUGCGGCGAACACCACCCCGAUGCAGAACCAAGUACGGCCGCAACAACAAGGCCAACAACCUCAAGCGGCCCCUCAGCAAGGACAAACACAGGUUCAAGGUCAAGGGCAAGCCUUGGGUGCUGGAAUGGCACCAUCCACAGCCGCCAUGAACGCCGCCAUCCAAGCGGCCAAAAACGCUGGACAGAUGGCUGGGGUGGGCGGGAUGCCCUCGCAACAAGGAGCGCAACAAUCUCCUGCGCCCUCUCACUCACCUCAAAUCGCCGCCAAUCAGUUGCAACAGCAUCAACAGAUGCAACAUCAACAACAGCAACCACCACAGCCGCAGCAACAACAACACCAACAAUCGCAAACUCCCAUUCAACCACAGGGACAACCUCAAGGGCAGCCACAAGCGCAGCCACAUUUGGCACCCGCCACCCAAACUCCGACCACCCAGGCUGCUAUCCCGCAACAACAACAACAGCAGCAGACCACCCAGAACCAUAUUAAAACCGAGCCUGGCUCACAGCCCACUCCUAUGCCUGCUCCCAUCAACACGGCAAUUCCUUCUGGCAUGGUUGGUGUACAAGCAACUGGAACCCCUACCCAAAUCUCACAACGUCAUCAGACUCCGCAGCGAACGCCCAACCAGCCGCUCUCGCACGCGGCGGCUAUGAACCUUGCCGGACAGCAACGUGCCGGUUCUAUCCCCGCUACCAACGUACCUGCGCCGGGCGGCACACCUGCCACUGUUCCAGGCAGCGUGGCGGGCGCAACUCAAGGACAUCCCCACGCUCACCCCAACGCUAUGCCCCAAACCAUCCAGGCGUCCAAGUUCCCCAUCGCCAAGACCCUCCCGGAAAAGGCGACGCAGAUUCCCACGCCCGUCGCAGGCCCGCCUGGUCGUCCGACCCUUACCGGUGGCACAGCCGGCGUCGGCGUCAUGAACCAGCCUGUCCUGCAGAAGACCCCGGCUUAUCAGCUGGAGGGCGAGGGUGAGAGGGUUCUGAACAAGAAGAAGCUGGACGAGCUGGUUCGGCAGGUGUGUGGUGGUACGGCUGAGGGCCAAGAUGGAAAUCUCUUGACACCUGAGGUUGAGGAGUCCGUCCUUGGUCUCGCCGAUUCCUUUACGGAGAGUGUCCUUCACGCAGCGUCCCGUAACGCAAAGGAGAGAGGAUCCAAGGUUCUUGAGAUCCGCGACAUCCAGCUCGUUUUGGAGCGUACCUACAACAUCCGCAUUCCUGGCUACUCUAGUGACGAGCUCAGGACGGUUCGCAAGGUGCAGCCCAAUGCUCAGUGGAUCACCAAGAUGAGCGCGGUCCAGGCCGCCAAGGUCAUGCCUGGUAAGGGAGAUCUCUAGUAGAAUGAUAAGAGGUUUCGGACUUUGGUUGUGUGCAUGGGUAUGGUAAUCUUUUGAGGGGGAAAUGGAAAAUGGUGGCGUACUGGAUGAGAUGGAGGAAUACAAACAUCCAUCUUGGGGUCCUUAUAUGCUUAUCCCUGGCAUGAGCCGCCUAUAACAUGGCUUAGGUAGAAUCAUCAAUCCAAGCUCGAAAUACAAUGGAUUGCUAGCAAGUGAAGAUUUGAUGCGUGAUAUUCUAGAUCAUGCAGGGUUCAGGAGACGUGUACAUCCUGAGCCUGUAUGAUUUUGAGGCCAUCUGGAAAUAACUAGAGCAAGAGAAAACAAUACUAGGGCCGGUGUUUGUGAACAUGAUGCUUGAAUAGGUUGCGAUAUCUCCCAAGUUCAGGUCAGUUGUGAAACUUCACGUUGGUGGUUAGUAAAAGUGGUAGUUGAGAAAGGGAUGUUGUCUACCCUUUA